AUGCCGGAUCUGGUGUAUGCCGGCGUGCGCGCCCCUCCUACAGGAUUCCGCGACGACGGCCACCUCCUGGACCGCUACGCCAAGUGGAGGGCAAAGCUGGGCCGCGACUUGUUGAACGCCUUGGAGGAAGGCAACACGGCCAUUGUGAAGGUCUGCUUGCAGCAGGAGGCAGACUGCUCCGCCGUGGAUCUGCCUACUGGCCGCGGCGCCUUGCACGCGGCAGCGGCGUCAGGGAAUGUUGAGGUGAUGCAAGAGAUCCUCAACUGCUGCAUGCGGUCCAAAGCCGACCUCGCCAUGCGCGACGCGGAGCAAAGAACUCCGCUCGACGAGGCGCUGGAGGUGCCAAGGAGGCGACACAUGCUCCCAGAGGUGAUGGUGCCGUUGCUGGCCGCUGGAAAGGAGGCGCCGGAAGUUGGGAAGGAGCUCCAGCUCUCGGACAGCAAGUGGCGUCAGACCUUUACCUCGCUGCUGGACUGCUGCACUCGUCCGGUUCCCAUGGCCCACGAAGCAGCCCUGGAAGUAGUCCUCCAGUCCUGGGUGCUGGGCUCAGUGAGAUGA